UUCCGGUUGACUAUACGGGUACUAACGUCGAGAUUACCUAUCGAUUUCGCCCUCAGAAGAUAAGUUUUGUUUGUCGUGUUAAAUAUUUCAUGAGCAAAACUGACGAUGUGAAACCUACACUAUACCAACCUGUUCUCUCUACCGACUGUGCUAUAGGCAGUUAACUCCAGGACUUUAAAUCUGAACGUGAUUAUCUGUUUAAAGUGUUGCGUGAAGAGUUGAACGCUUUGUUUGGCUGUCAUCAAUAGCAUAAAGUGAUUCGUGUCUCGUAUCGCUGUAAUCGUAAACUUCCAAUUCAAAAUGGCGACCGGAAGGGUUGACAACAAUCAGAAUUCCGACACCGGGAGUAACGUGGAUAUGCCGGCUGUCCAUGGCCUUAAUAAAAACGCCCCUGUACCAGAGCAGUGGACUCUACCGCACGAAUGGAACAUGGAGAAAAGAGAAAUGUUUGAGAACUGGAAAAUGGAUGUUCAAAACCAGGUGGCCAAUAUCGCUACCAAUUUGGAGAGAUCUCUAAAAGAGUACCCUAACCCAGACGCAGGCAGGAAGUUUGAUUACACAGACGAAAUUGAAAAAGCCGAGAUGGAAAAAGAAAAGAGGAUUUAUGCACGAUUUACAGGCGAUACUUUGAAUUACGGAUUACAACGUCUACCAUCACGUGCCAUUCCAGAUAAAUAUUGAUUGACAGACUUUCCGGGAAAUAGCAAUUACCAGAACAAAUAAACAAUAACACGGGACAUUAAAUGGUUUACAUGAUGUAGCUGUGCUAGUCUAUGGUGUUACGGGAUUGUGUGGUGAAUCAUUUGACAAAGUUACUGGCGUAUCAGAAGAUGGGUAGCACGAGCUGUAAUAUUGCCGGACACUGGUCAUUAUAUACGGAAAGUAAAGCAUGGAACCAAGCUGAGUGUAUGUAAGAAAAGAAAUGUAUAGUCGGACGGUGAUAUGGACAAGAUCGACUUAUGGGGUGAAUUGUUUUGUCUGAGAACUUGUGCGAUGCAAGUCACAAGUUUUAAUUUGAUAUGGACAUCACAUUUAAUUAUCGUUCAUUCCGUCGCUAAAAAUGAGAUUUAAUGAUGAAUUAUGGGAAAAAAACACAAAUUUACAUUAAAUUUCCUCUCCUAUAGGCGACGAAGAUUUUUGCACGGAAUGAAUCUUUAAUUCACCCCACAAGUAUAUCUGAGUGAGUGUGGACGGACGGACGGACGGCCUUUUUAUUUAAAAAGGAUCUACUAUAUUUCAUUGAAAAAAAUAUCGUCCGUUUUUAUUUAUAUUUCUUUAUAAUAUGGAAGAAAAUUUAUCCAUGGAGCUUUUACUAGAAAAUGCGAACUUGUUGAUAAUCGGUAGGUUAUAUGUGUCGUUACGACGAAAAGAUG